AUGGAAGUCUCCGACUUGGCCCACCUCUACGGAAAAGAACUCCACAUAAAACAAAUCUCAAAAUGGCUCAGAGGCAGCGCUCGAGCCCAAGAAAUCUCCAAAAGAGCCCAACUCAACUCCUCAGACGGCCACAUAAUAGACAAACACGACCAGUUUUUCAGAGACCACAAACUCCUCCUGGUUCUAUUCCGGGUUUUGGGGGUAAUGCCCGUACAAAGGGGCGAAAUCGGGCGAAUCACCUUCGGAUGGACCAGCGUACCCAUGUUAUACGCCUACGUUUUCUACGUUGUCACUACAGUACUAGUGGUACUCGUAGGCUACGAACGCUUCGACAUCCUCUUAAACAAAAGCAAGAAGUUCGACGAGUACAUCUACUCCAUUUUGUUCAUAAUUUACUUAGUGCCGCACUUUUUCACCCCUUUUGUUGGCUGGGGGGUGGCUUAUGAAGUGUGCGAUUAUAAAAAUAGCUGGGGGAGGUUCCAACUACACUAUUACAAAAUCACGGGGAAAGAUUUGGAGUUUCCGCUUUUGAGUACUUUGAUCAUCGUGAUUAGCUUAGGGUGCUUGAUUCUAGCGGUGGUGUUUUUGUUAACCUUGAGUGCUCUGUUGGAAGGGUUCACGCUGUACCACACCACUGCGUACUUACACAUAAUCACGAUGAUUAACAUGAACUGUGCCCUUUGGUACAUUAACUGUAGGGCAAUUGGGAACGCAAGUACCGCUUUGGCCGCCGCCUUUGAAAACGACAUCGAGCACAACUGUUCGGGCUACAUCAUAGCCCACUAUAGAGUACUUUGGUUGUCCUUGAGCGAACUGCUACAAAAAUUGGGCAACGCGUACGCAAGAACGUACUCAACCUAUUCGCUUUUCAUGAUGACUAAUAUCACAAUAGCGGUGUAUGGAUUCACGUCAGAAAUCGUCGACCAUGGUAUCCGCUUCAGUUUCAAAGAAGUGGGUCUUCUGGUCGACGCGACCUAUUGUCUUUUUCUUUUUUUCGUUUUUUGUGACUGUUCUCACCAAGCUUCUUUGGACAUAGCGGAUCGAGUACAGACAUCUUUGAUGAAAAUUGAGUUAAACAAAGUGGAUAAAGGGACACGAAAAGAAAUUGACUUAUUUUUAAUCGCUAUUCAAAUGAAUCCGCCUAAGGUGUCUUUGAAAGGUUACAAUGUGGUCAACCGGGAAAUGGUGUCAGCGAGUGUCGCCACCAUAGCAAUCUACUUAAUAGUCCUUCUACAAUUCAAAAUAGGUUUAUUAAAUAUGCGUGGCUAAGAAA